GGAGGCCUUUGGAGAAGAUGCGGAGCCGAAGGUGGCUGAGGAGGAAGAAGAGCAGAGAAGGAGUCACAAGCAGAUUGAGGAGAGCAGGCAGAGGCUGGCCAAGCUGCUCUUUGAUGGCACGCAGAUGGUGACAAAUAUCCAGGUGGCUGCUGACGCGAGGGAAACGCAGAGGAGGGCAGAGGAGGCAGAGCUGAAGCUGCAGAGGGUGGAGAAGCUGGAGAGCGAAGCUAAGUCUAGCACAUACAAGUUUGAGGAGAUAACUUCCAAGUGGGCCUUGGCCAAGGAGAUGACGAUCCCGCAGGAGCUGUGGCAGGUGCUAAAACAGCAGUGCGCUCUGCUUCUGGAGGAGAAGAACAAGCUCAUCGGUGAACUGCAGGAGGAGCUGAAAAACAAAGACGAGCAAUACGUGCAGGCCAUUAAGAAGCAGUCGGAUGAUAUCUACCUGCUUUUGGAGAGAAUGGAGGAACAGAUCAGGAUCAUGCUGAAAACUUACCGUCACAAGCUCCUACAGAUUGAGAAAGCUUUUGAGCUUGAACGGCGAGAGCUGCUGGACAACAACAGGAAGAAGUGGGAGGAAGCCAUCCAAGCCCACAACGCACAAGAGCUGGAAUACCUGCAUGCCCGUAUGAGGAAGGUGGAAGAGUUUGAGAAACAGCUGAAUCAGCUGCGGGUGCAGGAUGAGGAGGAGUAUAACAGCAUGAAGAUCCAGCUGGAGACCGAUGUGCAAAACCUGGAGAGGCAGCUGCAGCAGAUGAAAGCCAUCUAUCAGCUGAACCAGGAGAAGCUGGACUACAACCUUCAGGUGCUUAAGAAGCAGGAUGAGGAGAACACCAUCAUCAGAUCCCAGCAGAAGAGGAAGCUCAACCGGCUCCACAGCUUGCUCAAUAACCUGAGAACAAAAUUGGCCAGCCAAGAGAAGCAGUUCAGAGAGGAGAACCAGAGCCUGGCAGCCGACUGCGAGCGCAUCAUGGGGCAGUGCAAGGAGGUGCAGAGCAGAAUGAGGCACUUUGCUGUCAGCGACGCUGAGAAGUUCACAGAGGUCUGGCUCAUGAACGAGGAGGAAGCCAAAGGGCUGAUGCGCAAAGCCCUCGAUGCAGAUCGCAUCAUUCACACCCAGCAACUGGGGCUGCCCUGGGAAGAGCCCCGUUACUGGUUCCUGGACAACGUCGGCCCUCUCGGGCAUUACAAGGUGAAGAGGAUGGCGACCAAGCUGGCUGCUGAGGUCCUGACAGAGAGUGGCUCUGGGGGACAGGAGGAGGAAGGGAGAGAGAAGAAGAAGGAAGAAGUGGGUAGUGGAGAAGAAGGCAAAGAAAACACAACGAAGGUUGAAGAUAGACUCACACCUCUGCGGAAUAUCUCCAAGAAGACUGCCAAGAGGAUCCUGGAGCUCGUGAGCGACGAGUCGGGUUUCCUCAUUGAGAGCAAGCUGCUGAGGCCCCUGCACGAGCUGGGGAGGCACGAACGCAUCCUCAUGAAGCUCGACUCCAUCUUUGCGGCCCUCAAAAUCGACAGUGAGGAUGACCUGUACCAGCUGGUGGAUUUUUUCCUGAAGUACAAAGCCCAGGAGGUGGCCGUCAGCCAGAGCCAGGGCAGCCCGCGUGGAGAAGAUGUCAUGGAUCCGGCUGAGGACAGAGAGGACGGUGGAUCCAAUGCCCAGAGGGACGAGAUCAAAUCCCCUCGGAGCUCGCUGGGCUCCGUUCCAUCUGUGUGCAUCCACGCUGAUGAUGUCCUGAAGAUUCUGAAAGCAUUUGUGCAGGAUUUCGACAAGCUGAGGUAG